UUUCAAGCAUUCCAAAUGAAUAAAUAUCCGAGUACGUGCUUUCAGAUGAUGAUGGCUGUCAUGGGCAUUGUCUGUUUCAUUUUCCUGAUUUUUCCUAAUCCUAUUGAACCAAGAAAAACACCGCCGCAAGAGAGAAUCCCUACGCGCAGAAUGAAAAUUAAAUAUGUCGAACGUCAACAAAAUUGGUUUGUUAAUUUGGAGGAAGAUAUCUAUCAGGUAUUAGUGAUAACAGAAAACAAUAAGGAGUACAUAGUAGGAAUAUACCUGGACGAAAAUUUGUUUCCAAUCGGGGAUGACGUCAAUAAGAAGCAAAAGAGAAUUAAAGUAGACGUAAGUUCGGGACUUAAUAUAGAAAUGAAGGUAACUGAAGAUAUGAAUAAACUAUUUAUUAACACCAAAAUAUCUGAGAAAAUCUGGAAAGCCUGGAAUGAACAAAAAGUUUGGGCACGUAAUGGCCCCGGCGAGGUUUUCCCAGCGCAAUCCUCAAAGGCACCUAACCGCUGGCGCUGGUUCUCACGAUUCGCAUCGCCAGCUAACAAAAAUAAUCCUAGUGUCCAGGUAUAGAAUCCAGAAGUAGCUUUUUCUGUAUAUUUUGUUGUGAAAAUAUAUAGGGAUAGGAGAAAAUAAAAUAAUCCCGGAUCAGAUUUUUCAUAACUUUGGAUUAGGGCUAAUGCAGCUUUGGCCUAUCAUUGCUCUAGCCCUGGCCAGUAAUUGUAUUUGCUCUAAUUCAAUCGUUAUUAUCAUGUUUGGCACUUGCAUAUCAAUGGAUCUUUUGAAUAAAUAAUGGAUUUUAUUUUGAA